GUAAAGGUUAGGUCAAACCGUAGGCACCUCCCUCGUCUCGCCAUAAGAUAUUUUUCAUCUUUCCCUUACUUUCUUACUACGCCCUGCUACCUCAACCACAUGACAGCGUUGCGCCUCUAAUGCUAACUAUGGCGACUUCUACAGACCCAGGAACGCUUGCUAAUGAGGCAGUAGACGUUUACCCAGAGGCGCCUAGAUCAUCUACAGCACCGCUAUCCACUGCUAAUGGUGGUUCUAUGUCUUUUGCAACCGGCACCGACUUGACAGCCAACACCAGUUCGGAGGAUGUGCCUAAUUUGCCACCCAACCUAUUGGAGGAAAACAGGGCUGUCACCACCGAAUGCGAACCUAAAGACCAACAUGUGUAUCGGCGGGGUGAGCCUUCAGAGAUUCUCGAAGGAGAAUCGUUAGCCGACACGCCCCUAGAUAACCCUCCACCACACGACAACGACUUGUCUGAUGGCCAGGAACCCGCCACGGACAAUGAUUCAAUACUGAUGGAAGCUGAGAAGUCCUUCUUAGAACUGUAUAACGAUCUCAACAGGAAAAUGUACACGUCGGAGGACAUGACCCCGAGGAACGUACGAAAUAUACGAGUGGCCCACGACUCUAUCCUUAGGCGAGAGCAUGCGAUGCCUCUUAGAUGGAGAACCGGACGAGCCAAGCUUCUGUCCUUUGCGUUCCAGGCAUAUCUCCGUUUGAUUGAUGAUAGAUUGGAAGCGCUAGAGACAGCAUCGCCGGGAGGGGGUGCGGGUGAUUAUUAUGACGCUUUACAAGUGCCGUUAUCAGGACCGACCAACCCGGCGGUUGAUGCUGGGGAUCAGCAGGAGGAAUGGGUCGACGUCGAUGUUCCAACGCCAACGUUAAAUCGUGUUACAUGGCUUGACUAUAAGCGCAAUCACGAUUCCGAGCGAAACAUCAAGGAGGAGCACGCGAUCGACGUCCUAAAAGGUGAUCCUAUCAUUCCGUACAACGUUUGGAGAAACCGGUCGUUACGAGAGGCGCCCAUACAUAUUCGACAGAUUGGCCGCUCCUGGAACCUUCGCGAUCUCCAAGAGCCAGCCCCUGAGAAGACUCAGGGGGAUAAUAUUCCUGCAGAGACAAAACCUAUCCAGCAUCCAGCGCCGUCCUAUUCCUCAAUGCCAGAUAGGAUCCGCUUGAACGGAAACGCACUUAUACAACUACUAGACAGGGCUUUGGAAUUGGGUAUCGAGACAACUGACAAACCUAUCGUAUUCUUGAAGCCCUUCAAGGUCCUACUGCACUAUGAAGUUGCCAUCAGGAAACUCCACCGGCUGCUGAGGAAAAAGUUUGUGGACUCGGCGGAAGUAGUAACAGACACAGAAACAAGCAGCAAAUCUGCCGAAAGCACUACUGCCGCCCGUGAUCAAGAGGGUCAGGGAGAUGGCGGCCGCGAAGACUCCUUCACGAGUGAGAGCGGUCAAAAUCUCCUUGAGACCUGCGGCACGGAACAAGCCUACAAGGAGCUGUGUUGUCUGAUCGAGUUCAUGGACCACGAUCUAAAAAUCGUGACAGAAUUUGAGAAAGGACUAGCGCGUCGCAUCUACUUCUCCGACCUGUGGCAUAUAUUUCACCCAGGUGAGGAGGUUAUUACCUCAACAAGCCCUGUCAACGCCUACCGAGUCUUGCAUGUCACUGGCGGCCGCCCCUAUCUCUCGCCUCCAGAAGAGAGGGACGAGGAGAGCAACGACUUUACGAAACCGUACCGUAUCCCAGAGAAGUGGGGCGAUUUUGUCGUGACCUGCUAUCAGAUAGACUUCGACGGAAACAAAUUUGGGCCUGUUACUAGAGAAUUCCGAAUCCAAAAGUAUGUCGACCAGCGAGACAUCACGAGCCUGCAGAUAUAUCCAUUGAAAUUUGCGAAUGAUUCGGUGCGGGUCAGGGAGAAGCUUCAAUCGAAUGGUCAUACGUUCCUCCGCUUGUGUAGGGGUAGACAUGUUCAAUACCGAGGGCCCAACUUGCAUGAGGUCGAGAAUCUCGACAGUCAGAUUAUCGUAGACUUCAAUGCCGCCCUGUCCGAUCAGCAGGACAAAGAUCACGGUUGGCAGUACACCGUCGAUUUCGGGAUCCAUCCCCCAUCUAGCGCCGACUCGGCUGAGGUGGUCAUGGUGUCGCGCGGCGGGUGCCGGGAGCAGGGGUGUUGCGAGAACGACCACGUGUAUAAUGAUAUCAAUCUUGAUUACCGACGGAUGGAAGGCUUCAUUCAAGACAAGAAGGUCCUCACCACUGAUGUGAGAUACCUCAGCGACGACCCUGAUCAGAUCGACGAGAAAGACAUGAUCCUUUUUCCACACCAGCUGUUCGCGUUUGUUCUCAAAGAUCGGAAAUGGGCUGUCGUUGAUAUUAACAACGUCAAGAUGAUAGAUGACAAGGCCCAGCAGGGGUAUAAAGGUUGGGAGUCGCUUAUAUUGCCGAAAGGUCAUAAAUCGAUGGUCUAUUCCCUCGUCCAGGCACACUUUCGCGCGAGGCGCCAAGGGGGACUCGAAGAAGAGGCACCGGUAGAUCUGAUUCGCGGAAAAGGAAGGGGGCUGAUUAUUCUCCUCCACGGCGCCCCUGGAGUAGGGAAAACAUCGACGGCGGAAUGCGUAGCGGAGCUGUGUGACCGACCCCUUUAUCCGAUUACCUGUGGUGAUCUUGGCAUUACUGCCCAAGAAGUCGAGAACCAUCUCAAGCGCAUCUUUGUCCAAGCCCAAAAAUGGAAAUGCGUUCUUCUACUGGAUGAGGCCGAUGUUUUCCUAAGCCAACGAGAGAACAAUGUCAAACACAACAGCCUAGUGUCCGUCUUUCUUCGCGUCCUUGAGUAUUACCAGGGUAUCCUCUUCCUCACCACCAAUCGGGUCGGGAAAAUGGACGAGGCUUUCCGGUCUCGUGUGCACAUCUCGCUCUACUACCCCCCUCUCUCUAAGGAGUCAACUCUGGACAUUUUUCGUGAGAACAUCAAACUCAUCGAGAGGCGUAAAGUCAACCAGAUCCGGGUCAAGAAGGAAGAGAUUGAAGCAUUUGCCGAAGACCACUACGAUCACAAUCCGCCGCGCACGCGAUGGAACGGCAGGCAGAUCCGCAACGCGUUCCAUAUCGCAGUCGCUUUAGCGGAGAACGAGGCGAUCGAGAACAUGGAUUCAAAGAAAAACAGCAAUAAAAAGGUGCGCGAGCCAGUGCUGAGGCCACGGCACUUCGGGCUUGUGGAGGAAGCUAGCACAAACUUCGACGACUAUUUGACGUCGGUAUUAGGGAUGGCCCAGAGCGAGCUCGCCAAACAGAAAAGUGUGCGUUUGGAUGGCUGGCGCGCGAACGAGGGCAGGAACCUUGACACACGUGGUUACGAUAGCAGGAGGUCGGCAAAUACCUACCGGAGGGGGCAGGCUAGAAGAGCAGUAGCGAGAGAUUCUAGUUCCUACGAUACUGACCAGAGCCAUACUGACGGUGAGGGGAGCAACAAGCGUAUCGAUUCGAGUGAUCCAUCAGACUUGGAGAGUGAACGGAGAAGGAGAAGAGACGACGACGACCAAGAUGACGAAGAAGAUUCGGGUGACCUACUUACGAUAAAGGAGAAGCGAAAGGGGAAACAAAAAACGAGCGAAGGCCGUCGAGACAGACAGGAGAAAUAUAAGGAUGAGGAGCAUGGGUAUGCCAAAAGGUCAUCGAAGAAACACACUCCGAGAGACAGCAGUAGGACGCGUCGUUGAUGUCUCCCGAGACCCACAGAACAGCUCGUUGGUUGUCUCGGGCCUCCAUUCGGUUUCUUUCGAUGGCUAGUCAUUACGCUGGGAAAGGUACACAAAUCUACCUGCCUAAGCUAGCUAGCUAUAUUAGAGGCGCAUAUCUAAGCUAACAGUUCGCUCAUUGAUUUCCCCUGCUAAUAGCUCGGCAGCUGAUUGACAAUAUAACUGGACUCUCCAUUCUUCGCUUCUGUUGUUCUUACCCCUUGCGCUGCUUUCGCAACUUUUCGCGAUCAAGACACCGACAAUGCCCCAAAAGUAUAUUAAAAACUAUCACGUAGUAAUUGAACCAGACCUAAUAUGCC